UUGCUCCCCUUCAAUACCAAGCAAGUCAACAUUGAUUAUCAUUAAACCAGUUUAUGAUGAUAUAAUACAUAAUUAAAUGUUUUGGUUGCAUAAAAGGACAUGCAACAGUUAAGUUAGACAUUCACCGAUAAAAUACUGAAGUGAAAGUGUCAGAACAUUGAACAUAAUGAAGAAAUAUUUAAGAAGCAGUACACCACCCAAAGAUGAUCCGGUUGAAUUCGACCCGAUGUGUGACAAGGAGAACCCUCAGAAGAUUUCCUUUGAAGAUGUAUCAGCGGCUGCCUUUAGGAUACAAAGUGGGAUUGUAAAAACGCCAUGCGUGAAGUCUCACAUGUCCUUAGAAUAUGGAAUGGAUAUUUACCUUAAAAAUGACUUUCUUCAACAUACAGGGAGCUUUAAAGAGCGCGGCGCUCGUAACGCAUUGGUCCUCCUUCCCCCCGAAGCGAGGCAGCGCGGGGUCAUCUCCGCAUCACUAGGCAACCACUCGCAAGCCCUGAGCUACCACGCGAACCUUCUGAACAUCCCCGCUACGGUGGUCAUGCCCAACGUGGCGCCCAUCAUGAAGAUACAGAAGUGCCGCUCUUACGGCGCUAACGUGGUCAUACAUGGACAUGAUAUGAGGGAGGCGAAACAUCAAGCUAUGGUGUUGGCUAAGGAGAGGAAUCUUACUUAUAUCAAUGGAUAUGAUCAUCCACAUAUUAUGGCUGGACAAGGAACCGUGGGCUUGGAGAUUGUGGAACAGGUGCCUGACGUCGACGCUGUUUUGGUGCCCGUGGGAGGCGGUGGUCUACUGGCAGGAACAGCUACAGCUAUCAAACAUCUGAAGCCUCACGUUCUGAUUUACGGCGUGGAAUCGGAAAAAUGCGCGAGCAUGACCGAGGCGCUAAACAAUGGACAACCGGAGUGUGUGAACAUUCGCUCGACGCUGGCCGACGGUCUCGCCGUGCCCACUGUCGGUUACAACGCCUACCACACUGCUAAGCCGCUCGUCGACAGAGUGAUAUCGCUACCCGAAGAUUGGAUUGCGCGCGCCAUCUUACGUCUGGUAGAGCAGGAGAAGUUCGUGGUGGAGGGUGGCGGCGCGGUCGGCAUCGCGGCCAUCAUGGCCGGCCUAGUGCCCGAGCUGGCCGGGAAAAAAGUGGUCUGCAUCCUAUCCGGGGGUAACAUCGACACCACGAUCCUCGGUCGGUGCCUGGAGCGAGGCCUGGCGGCGGAGUCCCGUCUCGUCAAGUUCAAGGUCACCGUCAGCGACCGGCCCGGGGGCAUCGCUGAGUUGUGCAAGGUCAUAUCCUCGACUGGCGUCUCUAUUAAGGACAUUAUGCAAGAGAGAGCGUGGGUCUGUGGAGACAUCUUUAGUGUGAGAGUAAAAGUAGUUUGCGAGACCCGAGGCCCCGAGCACACGGACCAGCUCCGGAGUCUCAUCGCUCGCACCUACCGCGAGUGGGUGUUCACGCGGGAGACUGGUGACAGUAGCGACUACUGCCACACGCCGCUUAAGAACUACGACUCUCUAGACAACGUCUCGCAGUAACAUCUUUGCCACAUUUAUUUUUAGUUUAGAGAAGAAUAAGUGAGCAUUAAACUGAUUACACCCAUACGUAGCGCAGUCUCAUCGCUCGUUUCUACCGCGAGUGGGUGUUCAGUGUUCACCCGGGAGACUGGCGACAGUAGCGACUACUGCCACACGCCGCUCAAGAACACGACUACGACUCUCUAGAAAACGUCUCGCACUAACAUCUAUGCCACAUUUUUUUAGUUUAGAGAAAAAUAAGAGAGCAUUCAACAAGAGAUUACACUCAUACGUUGAGCAGUCUCAUCGCUCAUCGCUCGUUUCUACCGCGAGUUCAGUGACUACUGCCAUACGCCGCUCAAGAACUACGACUCUCUAGACAACGUCUCGCGAGAAUAAAAGAAUAAAAUAAGAGAACAUUAAACUGAUUACACCCAUACGUUGCCAUUUUAUAAAUUUAACUUCCCUUUAGUUUUCGUGAAACUUUCGUGAAUUUUCAAGAAAUUGAAGAUGUUUUUGGAAAAUUUCCGCAACUUGCACAUCACUAUUCGAUACCAAUUCGUCAGCUGUAAAAAAAAACGCUAAAAUAGUAAAUCAUGGUACGAUUCGAACUCUAAGAUAAUAUUGGAUGUACUUAAUCACAGAUUUAAGAAAAACUAGAAAAAGGGUAGUAUUUUUUGCUCUGAGGAUGUAAUAUUCAAUCUUAGAUACGACACGGAAAUGUCAGUGUCAGAAAAAAGACUUUUGUUUGAAGAAACGUCCUUUUUUGAUCGCAGAGUAUCUCACUCAAAUCAUAUAAGCAUUGUUCGAAUACGGUAGAAGGUAAGUGUAAUUUUUUGAUGCGCAGGAGUGCUACAACCGCUACGAGUGCUACGCCGCGCGCCGUAGCCCGUAGCCGUCUUGUUCUCAUAAAGUCAAAUUAAAACAAAACGUCUUUUGAAGAAUUAUGACAAUUGACAGCAGGGUAUGGAUGGGGAUGUGUUAUCAUGUUUUGCGCACUGAAAGGUAUACAAUAUACAUUUUAUUAAGUCAAUUAAUAUUAGUCUUAAGCAUAAUUAUUUUUUAAACUUAAGUUAAAUAAUUUUCUGCUAUCAUGUUAUUCCUGUUCAUUAAUAUCUGUGAUAUACGAUCAAAUAAAGUGUUAAAAUGUUCAGAA